AAGUACGGUAUUUAGGUAAACAAGUGAAACCUCUCUUUUGCCAAACUCAACAUUGCAGGGUUUGUUGUGCAAAAUCUCAAUUGAGUGAUUUUUGAAGUGAAAUCGCAUAGGAAAACAUUUGCGUUUUCAUACUAUAGAAAAACUAUACCGAUUUGAAAGAGUUCCUACGCUUCAAAGAAUAAUAGAACGGAAGAGUACGUUAGUAAGUAUAUAUGCAGACGAUUUGAAGAAAAAAUAGUUAAAAAAACGGUUUAAUAGGGCUUUUUUAUCUCUAUUGUCGAGAAAACUAUAAAAGGAUAGAAACUUGAUCUCCUUACACAUCUUUCUAAAUGAGCGUAUUUGAGUAACACUACUACUUUUUUACAUUUACAUUUUUGACUUUUUUUUUGGAUUUUGAACAUUACUAUUUCUUGCGUAUUUAAUCUACAACCCAAUCGAAAGUUGUAAACAAAAAGUUAUCUGGAUUUCAUCGUGUCUUUCAUAAAUCAAAAAUACCUCUUUUUUUUAGGCAAUUUGAUAGGUUAACAACAUGUUUAAUAUCGGUAAACGCUUUCGUCUCCCCUCUUUGUACAAAAGCGACGCUGAAGAGAAGGUCCAAUUCGAUAAGAAUGAAUAUGUCUCGGGAUUGCGAACACUUAUGCAUGGUUUUGACUUGAUGUUAAAUGACGACGUAACAGGAACGAAAGAAGUGUUCAAUAACGACACAGUUGAAAGCUGCAUUGGUAAAGCCGGUAACGCUUUCUAUCAUGCGAUUCUAGGACUUGAACCGACUGCUAUUGAAGAGGCAUGGAAUUGUCUAAUUUUAGCAGAACAACAAGCUGAUGAACGACGAAAAUUUAUGGAAAACCAUAACUUCCGUUUAGGAAGUUACCCAAAUGGGUAUGAGUACCAACUAUGUGUUUGUGAUCUUUCUCUUAUGCAAUCGAUUUUGGGCUUCGUUGCUGGAUCUUUACUUGAUAAUGUAAAGUCUGCGUAUCGCCUUCGUAAAACAUUUCUUUCGUUUACAAAAAUGAUGGAGCAUGUUCGGGAGAUUCAGCAAAAGAAGGAAACCGGAGAACUUCAAGUAAACGAUCCAAAUGCUCAAUUCGUAGAUGAGUUUAUUGAGUCUGGUGUAAGUACUGGAUAUGGUGUAUUAACAUUCUUGAUUUCACUGUUAUCUCCUUCCAUCUUGAGAGUGCUCUCGUUUUUUUCCAUGCACGGCAAUCGCAAAGAUGCUGUACAGCUGAUGUGGAAAGCCACCGCCUAUCCCAAUAUGCAGGGAGCCAUUGCAUUGUUGUGUCUUUAUGCCUUUAAUGCCAUGGUCCAGAGUUCUGCAAGUAUUGUACCAUUGGACUAUGCUAAUGAAUUGAGCCGAUGUCAAGAUGGAAUCAAUAGUGUACGCCAAAGGUAUUCCAACGGAGCAAUUUGGGCCGUUAUGCAGGGAAAACUCUACUAUUUGAGAGGAGAUUCCGAAAAAGCACUAGAGUUGGAAAAGACUCGUAUUGAUACUAGUAUGGAACAAAUCAUUGCCAUGAAAGGAUUUGAUACUGCUAUGCUUUAUGUCGGUAUCCGAAAAUUCAAAGAAGCUGCUCAAGCCAUUCUAGAUUUAGAAGACUUAAAUUCUUGGUCACACUCAUUUUAUCGGUUUUUUGCUGGUUGUUGUAUGUUACAGCAUUCCAGAGAAUUAAAGAACAAUGGAGGCAAUAAAGAAGAGUCGGAGAUAUACUCAGCGAAAGCAUCUGAGUAUUUGAAGCAAUCACCGACGUUGGUUCAAAAGAAGAAGAAGAGGGUGCUACCCGUAGAGAUGUACUUGGUUCGCAAAGUUCAAAAAUGGGAAGAUAGAGCAGCUAAACUAAAGGUUGAUUUGGUUGAUGCCAUGGACAUCCCUCCAUAUAUAGAGUUGAUCUACAUUUUCGUAACUUGGUGUUUGAAUAAUCCAAAGCAUGUACUCAUACUUCGUUCUGAGCUUGAGCAGUGUCAGUGUACUGAAGACGAUGAUGUUGCACUUCGAGAAUUUCUGCUGGCAGUUGUUGAAAGACAUUUGAAGGAUUUUGAAUCAUCAAGGGCUCGGUUGAUCCGCGUUAUGAAUAUGAACAAAGAUUAUCUUUCACAAACUAAUCGUGAUUUUUGGGUUCUUCCCAGUGCUCAUUAUGAAAUGGCAGCACUAGAAUGGGACAUGAAGGCUUUGGAAGCUGAGCGAGAGGUAACCCAGCAACUGAAAAAGGCUCAAGAAUAUCAUAAUUACGAUUUGGAAGGAAGAUUAUCCAUGUUAACGCAAGCCGCACUUCAGACAGUACAGUCUGAAAAGUCGUAGAGGAAUGAAAAAUGAUGUGCAGAGGGAAUACAGCCAUUUACUGCACAUGUAUCGAGAAAAUCAUCUGAUGAAUUCAUGUUAUCCAUUUCAAUUCUAUUUUUAUCUUACAAUGUGAGGUAACGCAAAUUGUCAUGGUUUAUAUAAGUUUAGUUUUCAUUUUGGUUAUUUGAUUUAAUUGAUUAUUUAUUGUUGUA